AUGAAUAGGCGAAAACCCCCGCGGGGGUGGAAAGCAGAGGAUAGAGAAAGAAGAGUACAGUGGUUAAAGGAAAGCACUGGAGUAGAUUACUCUAAAAAUCUCUUUGAUCCAGAAGAAGAGCUAGAGGGGAUUAUAGAACAGCAUAUUGGGUAUACCUCUAUACCAACAGCUGUAGCAUCACCACUGGUGGUACAUGGCGAUUAUGCGAAUGGGGAGUUCAAACUACCAGUAUGCACAGUUGAAGGCGCGCUUGUGUACUCUCUUACGCGAGGUAUGCUUGCAACCUCUGUAAUGGGUAUUAAUACAUACUAUAUUUCCCAGCAUCUUAGCAGAGCACCGGCAUUCUUCUUCGAGGACAUGGAGGUCACAAGGAAGUUCUGUGACUUUGUAGAUGCACAUUAUGAAGAAAUAAAAAAAAGCGCAGAAGCUACCUCUUCAUAUGCUAAGCUUAUUGAGAUAAAAAAAAUAAUAUUCUACCGCAGUGUAGUUCUCGAAUUGUUUUUUACAACAGGGGAUGCAGCAGGUCAGAAUAUGGUAACCAUUGCUGCAAAAGGUGUAAUGGACUACGUGACCAAGCACUUUGAUGUAAGGGAAUGCUUUGUAGAGUCUGGGUUAAACAGCGACAAAAAAGCAAGUUAUCGCUCGCUACUACAUGGAAGGGGACAUUUUGUUAUUGCACGUUCUGUAAUAAAAGAAGAAACAAUAGUACGACUACUUAACGCCACAAGCAAAAAACUUGUACAAUCCUUUCAACGUAUGGCAUCUUUUAAUGCUCUUACGGGUCUUUUUGGGGUGCAGUUGCAUUUUUCAAACACUUUAGCUGCAAUAUAUUUAGCUAUGGGUCAGGAUGUAGCAUGCACAGCAGAGAAUGCACUUGGCACACUCUUUAUAGGAGAAGCACAGGACUGCGAGGGGGCAGAAAUUAUUGUACGCCUACCAUCUCUUACGGUAGGUACGGUAGGGGGAGGUACCCGGCUGCUGUCUCAGAAACGAAAUCUACGGGUCAUAGGAUGUGACAGUGGGGAGAAUUCAAGUAAGAAACUAGCAGAGAUUAUAGCCGCAACAACACUGUGCUUAGAACUUUCCUUGUUUUGCGCAGUGAUAGACGAUACAUUUUCAGAUGCGCAUAAGCGAUACGGGAGAAAACAAUGA